AUGUCGGACAUGUCGCAAGAAGAUGCUCUCAAGAUGCUCUCAACACCCUCUCCUACCGCGUCGAACUCGGCUGGAAGUAGCUCGGCUUCCCGCAGACCUCCGCGCAAGAGCACAUUAACACAACAACAAAAGAACCAGAAGAGACAGAGAGCUACACAAGAUCAAUUGGUCACUUUGGAAAUGGAAUUCAACAAAAAUCCAACACCUACCGCCACAGUUAGAGAGAGAAUCGCGGAGGAUAUCACCAUGACUGAACGUUCUGUUCAAAUCUGGUUCCAAAACAGACGUGCAAAGAUCAAGCUCAUGGCAAAGAAGAGUAUCGAGACUGGAGAGACUUGUGAAAUUCCAGAAACCAUGCGCCAAUACCUUGCGAUUCAGGAGAUGGAAUCAGGAAAGUCACUGGGUGGUAACUUCUUGGGCCGAGGUGGACUUAUGCCCUAUGGUAGUGGCAACAUGCUCAUGGGUGGUGAUCACGGCCCUCAAGGAAAAGUUGUGAUUCAUCAUCUUUCGUGUAGAUCACUGAGUAUUGGAUCCUGGAGACGAAUCGGUCAGAAUGCCAUGGAUCUCAUCAUCUUCUACUCGCCGGAUAAGUCAACAAUGACUUACUACAUCAACAACGAUCAAGCUGGUUACAAAAUUGAGUAUCCAUUUUCGUCAAUCAAAAAUAUCUACCUGGAAAAUGGAGAUAAUGAGUCGCGACCCGGUGGAUUAGUUGUUGAACUUAUUCGUGCGCCAAACUUUUUCAUGGACUCUUCUGGAUCGGGUGGAUUUUACCAAUGUGGUGAUUUUACAGAAGACCAGCAAGCAUCUCAAGUCAUGGUUCAUCAUUUGGGUGGUCACCCUAAGGUUCUUAGUGGUCAAUUGGCCAAGCUUGUUUCCCUUGAGUCUUUUAUCACACGCGAUAAUCCAUUCACACAUCAACAACCAUUAUCCAUCUCAGCACCUGCAUCUCCAACUGGUCUCCGUCCGUCUUCUCAGCCAAAUUUCAAUGCGCAAGCCCAUGUUGGUAUGUUCCAAGAAUCUCAAUGGGGUAUUGGUGUUCAUCCAAGUGCGCGUGGACCUGGCCACAGAAGACAGAGGAGUAGAUCCGUUCCAAUGGCCGUCGAUUUCUCCAUGUUCAACAACCCAAUGCCAUCAUUCCUCAUUCAACACCCUGGUGAAAACCAACAUCAACACCAACAUGGAAACCCCAAUAUCUUUGCUCCUAUUCCUCAACAACCAAACAACCUCGGACCUCUUGGACCUAAUCUACGCAUUGAUACCUCAUCGGGUUAUGGAAUGGAUUUCAGACAGUAUCCCAUGUCAGCAGCAACAACAACUUCCCCAUCGGAUUAUGCCAGCCCUGGCUUCUUCCCUCACCAAAAUGACAAUGGACCUAUGACAGGACCAAUGCCAACAUCAUCUUCAAUGCCAGCUUCGAACUUCACGCCAUACUCGAUGCCUUACCUGUCGCCUGAUCCUUCUUCGCUUGUUCCUCCAUCCGUUUCUCCUUUGUCUUUUAUGAGUCACGGAGACCCAGCAAUUGUUGAUCAAUCUCCACCAAUGUCAAUGAUGCACCGAAGUGCUUCUGCCGAUGUUUACAGUAUGCAUAAUGAUUCGGCGAUCUCCGAUGAUGGUACCGGACUCAAUGAGAUGUAUCAGAAGCACACCCUUAAUAUUCCUAUGCAUCCUCAUUCCCCAGCUUUUGGUGAACAAUCUGCGGCGGAUAUGGACAUGAGUAAUCUUGUUCAAUUCCCUGUUGAUCAUGAUGGUCUUUCGCCUGAGCAUAUGCCUCAGUAG